GGUUUUGCCAAACAAACGUGCUUGUCCAUUGUGUCGCUAUUCGUUUAUAUUUUUUUUUAUUUGAUUCUCCACUGUCACUUAUACCCAUAUAACUACUAUAUAUACGUAUGUGUCACUCUGAGUGUGGAACGGCGGGGCAUCGUAAUAGAAAUAGAAGUGAAACUGAAUGAGCCCCAUUGUUGGAAUAUUGUACAGUGAUUGAUAAGGUUGAGAAAUGAUUAGAUGAUAUGAGAUGGUGCUACGAAAGGAUAUCGACUUUCUCAUCCGUUGUUAUUAAUUAUUCAGAAGCAACAAAUACCGUUAGUUGAGGGCGAAGCGGUCACCACCAUUCAACAGCCUCAUUGUAACGGUAUCGAUUUUCCCGUUACAUCGUUAUACACACUCACUGACCGAGUUUGCACAAUUACGCGCACGCCCCUCCUUCAACCACACACAGGGAAUCCACAAAAUUUAUUUUUUUUUUUGGGGUGGCACUAGGGAUACAUACACACACACUCACACACAUGUGAUGUUGUUGUUGUCGUAGCAAGGAGCGCUAAAUUGUUGGGAUAUCGGGAUAAUAUUAUUCCUGUGGACUUUUUAUGUUGCACUUUGGAAGCAUGUUUCAUGUUUGGCACUGAUCAAAUUCGGACGGACAAACAUCUUAGGGACUCAGUAAUAUCAAUUGCAAAAUAACCACAUCAACCAAAUUCACAAAUAAACAAAAAAAAAGACAACCAGCAUCAGCAUCGACAUCGACCACAUCCAGAGAGUUCACAUCAUUUCUGUGUGUGCUAGCCACCAGUAGUAGUGUUCAUCAUGUAUCAGUUCCUGUUCCUGCCAGUGUUAAUACUGUGUCUGGGCCAGGCCCUGGCACAGAGCACACCUCAACAGGUGUGCCCGGAGCAGAAUGAUAUAUCGCCGUGCAUUUGUACGGUGAAAAAGAACGGCUUGGACAUAUUGUGCGAGACAACGGAUUUGGUUCACAUUACCAAAUCGAUGGGCACACUCAAGGGUAAAAGUCCCAUUAUAUUCUAUUUGAAGUUGCGUCACAAUAAUCUGCCAAAGCUGCAGGGAUUCGUUUUCUUGGCCUUGGAUAUACGUCAUCUGACCAUACAUAAUAGCAGUUUGGCGGCCAUCGAGGAGAAUGCACUCAGUUCAUUGGGUAAGGGCCUUACCCAGUUGGAUGUGUCGUUGAAUCAAAUGAAAACGGUUCCCUCGCCGGCUUUGAAGCAUUUGUAUCAUUUGCUUAUUUUGAAUCUGAAUCACAAUAAAAUCUCAGUGAUCCAUAAUAAUGCAUUCGAGGGUUUGGAUACUUUGGAGAUUUUAACAUUAUAUGAGAACAAGAUCACACAAGUCGAUGAGGAAGCGUUUCGUGGUCUAGAGAAAAAACUAAAGCGUUUGAAUCUUGGUGGCAAUGAUCUGACUAGUGUCCCACAAAAGGCUCUCUCUAUACUGGAUACCCUUAAGAAGCUGGAGAUACAGGAGAACAAGAUACGCACCAUUAGUGAGGGUGAUUUUGAGGGUCUGGAGAAUUUGGAUUCAUUGAUAUUGGCCCAUAAUAUGAUAACCAGUGUGCCGGCCAAUGUUUUCUCUCACUUGGCACAAUUAAACUCUUUGGAAUUGGAAGGCAAUAAGAUCAGUGUGAUCGAUAAGGAUGCCUUUAAGGGAUUGGAGGAGAAUCUUCAGUAUUUGCGUCUGGGUGAUAAUAAUAUACAUACCAUACCAAGUGAGGCACUGCGUCCACUGCAUCGUCUACGUCAUCUGGAUUUACGUAAUAAUAAUAUCAAUGUGCUGGCCGAUGAUGCCUUCACCGGUUACGGAGAUUCGCUGACCUUCCUCAAUUUGCAGAAGAAUGACAUCAAAGUGCUCCCUAGCGUUCUAUUUGAGAAUCUCAAUUCUUUGGAAACUCUCAAUCUGCAGAAUAAUAAACUGCAACGCAUUCCCCAGGACAUAAUGGAGCCGGUCAUUGAUACCCUACGCAUUAUUGAUAUCAAUGAUAAUCCAUUGAAUUGCUCAUGUGACUUGACCUGGUUUCCCAAGUUACUAGAAGAUCUGAAGAACAAGGACGACGAAAUGUCCCAGAAGAAGAAGCCAUUGUGCCACAUGUCGCUGGAUAAUCGCGAAUACUUUGUGCAGGCCAUGCCCAUCGAUAGAAUGCACUGCGCCGGCCUCAAUAUUAUAGUGAAUCCGUGAAUUAUGCAACUCUGCCAAUUGUUAGACUCGACACCAAGCAGCCACCAAGAACAACAACCCAGCCACAACCAGAACAGAACAGAGCAAUAUCACCCGCAAGUGCCCAAAAAAACAAAAUAAAAAAAACCAAUACAAAAGCAAGUGAAACCAAAGCAAAAAAAAACCGAUUCAAAAAAAAAGCAAACUUUGAAAAAUUUCAUCCUUCUGCACAACGCACAGUAGCCCGAUACGAUUCGAUCCGAUCCGAACCGUUUCAAAUUUAAAGCUUAGGCUUAAGCUUUACAUACUUCUAAAAACAAAAAAAAAGAAAACAAAUCGUAAACAUAUCUUUGAAAUUUGAUAACGUGAAUUGUUAAUCGUUAAGCACACACAUAUAUAUAUAUUACAAUUAUUAUUGUAGUUCUAAUGUUAAUUCUAUUUAUUAUAUGUGUAGGUGUAGUCGUCGUCGUCUUGUCGUCGCUGUUGUGAGAUACAAUCAUUAUUACAUUCAAGUUUUUUGUUAGCUUACUCAAGAAAAACCAAAAAACAAUCCAAAGAACAACAAAACAAAGAACCACCAUAAUAUUUUGUUAACUAUUUUUGUCGUUGUCGAGUAUAUUUUUCUUCAUUCUGCUUAUAUCUAAAUGAAAUCGAAUGUAAGAGAAUGAGAAAACGUUUUGCAUCAAUCACCAAGAACUGAUUAUGGAAUAAGUAGUUUGUACUCUUUAUUUGCAAGCAGACAAAGCAAUGGGGCAAACACAAAAACAAAAAAAAAAAAACACACCAAAAACA